GAGCGGCCAUCGUCGCCCUCACCUUCGCCAACUACCUCCUGCAGCCUCUGUUCCCCGACUGCGAGGCCGUGUCGGACGCCGCGACCAGACUCAUCGCUGCCGUUCCUUAUCUGUUUCCUCUCGUGGAUCAACUGCGUGAACGUGCGGUGGGUGGCCAAGGUGCAGAACGUGUUCAUGGUGACCAAGCUGCUGGCCCUCGUCAUGAUCAUCGUGGCCGGGGUCUAUCACCUGGCCUCCGGGCACGUGGGGAACUUCAGAGCGCCGCUGGAGGGAACCAAGUGGCAGGCGGCGGCCAUCGCCACGGCCUUCUACCAGAGUCUCUUCUCCUACGCUGGAUGGGAAAAUCUGUAUUAUGUGGUCGAAGAACUGAAAAAUCCAAAUAAGAACCUUCCGCUGGCCAUCAUCAUCUCGACGGGCCUGGUGACUGCCGUCUACACGCUGACCAACGUUGCGUACCUAGCUGUGCUGACGCCUUCCGAGAUGCUGGCCGCCGAUGCUGUCGCCAUGACUUUCGCGAGCCGCGCCCUGAGCACGCUAGCCUGGACGAUGCCCUUGUUCGUCAUGUGCUCCACCUUCGGCUCCAUGAACGGCGUCGUGUUCACGCAGUCGCGCCUUAUCUUCGUGGGGGCGCGGAAAGGCCACUUCCCCGAAGCGUUCUCGCUCGUGCACGCGCACAACCUCACGCCGGUGCCUGCGGUCGUCCUCAACGGACUUCUUACUUUGGUGAUGCUGGUGACUUCGGACGUCGGCUUGCUCAUCAACUACUCGACGUUCGCGGCGACGCUGACGCAGUUCGCCUGCAUCUGCGCCCUCUUCUGGUUCCGGUACAAGCAGCCCGAGAGGGCGAGGCCUUUCAAGGUGUGGCUCGCCCUCCCCGUCGUCUUCUGGCUCGCGUCGCUCUUCCUCCUGGUGAUGCCCGUCUUGGAGAGGCCUGUCGAGGUCGGGGCGUCCAUCGGCGUCAUCUGCACGGGCCUGCCGGUGUACUACGUGGCCGUGCACCGACAGGACAUCGCGAGGAAGUUCGAAGGGGCCUUAGCAAAACUGACGUACGUGUGCCAGCUGCUGUUCUUGGGACUCGCGGAGGAGAAAGCAGACUAAACAUACGCCAUUGCUAUGGCGUCCGCCGCUUAUAAACAUACAUAUAUGUGUGUGUAUACAUACACACACACACACACACACACACACACACACACA